CUUACAAUAUCCAAGUAAAAUUUCUUUUUAUUAUCAAAAUGUAGGAGGCAUAAGAUCUAAACUAGAUUAUUUAUACAUCAUCUUUGCAUCUUCUGAAUAUGAUUUAAUAAUGUUAACUGAAACUUGGUUGACAUCUAAUCAAUUUACAUCUGAAUUAUUUGAUUUAAGUAACUAUACUGUAUUUAGGAAAGAUAGAUGUAAUUUAUUAACAGGUAUGGAAAAAGGAGGAGGUAUUUUGAUUGCCAUACGCUCUUCAUUAUCAUGUAAACAAGUAAAUUUACUAUCUAAUAAUAACAUCAGUGAAGCAAAGAUUGAUAUUGAUCAGUUAAUUGUAGCACUUUUAUUUAAUAAUAAUAUUGAAGUUUUUGUUAUGUUAAGCUACAUUCCUCCUAGGAGUUCUCUUGAGGUGUAUAAUAUACAUUUUAAUAAUUGUAAAAAUAUUUUAGAAAAUCUUAAUAAUUUUCAACAUGUUAUAUGUAUUGGAGAUUUUAAUCAAGGAAAUAUAAAUUGGAUUCUAGACUUAGAUGAAAAAUAUUUUGUUCCUUACAAUGUCAAUUCCGAAAUUGAAGAAAGUAUCAUAGAUUUUUACAGUCAAUUUGACUUAAUUCAAAUCAACUCUUUUGUAAAUGAUAAUUUAAGACUUCUUGACUUGGUUUUUGUUGAUAAAGAAUUUUUUAUUGUUAUUGAAAAGUCUGAUUUGCCGCUUAUACAAAAUUCUAUACACCAUGUUGCGUUAGAAGCAAAGCAAACUUUGAUGCAAUGAAUGAGUAUUUUCUUAACUUUCAUUGGGAUUCUGUUUUUUUAUUUGAUAGCAAAAUUCAAUUAGAAAUCGCCAAUAAAAAUCUACUGACAGCCAUCAAAGAAGCAAUGCAUCGAUUUAUUCCAAGUAAAUACUCGAAAUUGAGCUCAAACCCUGUAUGGUUUAAUAAGAGAUUAAUUAAUCUUAAAAAUAGAAAGAAUAAAGCUUUCAAAUUACAUAAACAAAAUUAUAAUAAUCUUGAACUUCGAUCUAAAUAUAAGGCUAUUCAACGCGAAUUUGACAUAUUAAAUACAUUUUGUUAUAAUUCCUACAUGUUUACGAUUGAAUGUAAUAUGAGGAAUAACAGUAAAUGUUUCUGGAACUUUAUUAAUUCUAAACGUAAGACCAUUGGUUAUCCAAGCUGCAUGAAAUUCAAUGAUUCUACAACUAGUGAUGUUCAAAAAAUUUGUAACCUUUUUGCUAGAUAUUUCCAAUCCGUUUACUCCUCGGAAUUAUUUUCAAACCAGGAACUACCAAGUGUUUCUAAGGUUUUUGAUAUAGGUUCUAUGAUUUUGGAUGUCUCCGAAGUAGAACAAGUGUUGCUUGAGCUUGAUGCAAGUAAAAAGGAGGGUCCGGAUGGGAUUCCACCUAUUAUUUUUCAUAAAUG